GUCACAAGGUGCUCAGUGGGGGCGCUUUUUGAGCCAGGAUGAGCCAGGAAAAGGACUUUCACAAGGUAAUGUCAUCAGUUAAGGCAACGACCGGCCAUUUACACUUCUUUUGUGGUGGAAUGUCAUCAGUUAAGGCGGGGCAGGGCAUAUUCACUUCUUUUGUGAUUCUUCAGUUACUUCAGGCCAUCUGGGCGUAUACGUGCAAGUCACAGGGGAUGCGAUGGCUUGGCUUGGGCUCAGAGGCCUGACAUUCCUGCCUUCUUAUAUUAAUAAGAAAAAUAAAACAAAAUAGAUUUGAAGUGUUGGGGCGGUGAAAAUUUUUGGGGGGUGGUAUGGAGAGAGAAUGGGCGAUGUUUCUCAGGGCUGCUUCAAGCGGGAUUAGGGGCGGUGUGGGAACCUAGAGUGGGAGAGAUUAAGCUGAAGGGAGGUCUUGUGGUAAGGGGUGAUAUUGUGGGGAUGUUAGAAGAAACAUUUGUCAUAUAGAAUGAUUGGUGAUGGCCUGGAUACGGUUUUGUAUGAAUUGAAAAACUAAAUGGAAUAACAGAAGGAGAAAAACAGGUAUAAAAGGUCUAAGAAUUGGGACGACUCAGGAUAUCUGAUUGGAGAGUGCCUAAGGAGAUUCAGCGUAGUCCUGUCAGCAAAGAUUAUUUAUUUACUUCAAGAGUUAAGAGUGGCAGUUUGGGGACAGCACCAGGAGAUAUCAGCUGUGAUGGCUUGGAAAAACAGUGUAAACCGGCAGUGUAAACAAGAGCAGGGCAUGUAUGAGUAGUUGAGAACGGUGAAUAGGACUAUGAGUAGACAGAAAAUAGUAGGGAUGACAAUUUUUUGUGGGGGGGGGGCACAGUCUAAGUUGAUCUGGUGUCUGGAAUGAGACUGGGGCCUAAUAAAAAGGAGCAUCUAUACAGGAGCUUAAAUGGGCUGUACCCUGUAGCAUUCCGAGGACAGGCCUGAAUUCUGAGAAGGGAAAGUGGUAAAAGUAUUGUCCAGUCCUUUUUAAGUUGGUGGCUGAGCUUGGUGAGGUGUGUUUUUAAAAGACCUUUAGUCCAUUCUACUUUUCUUGAAGACGGAGGACCGUAAGGGAUAUAAAGGUUUCACUGAAUACUAAGAACCUGAAAAACUGCUUGGCUGAUUUGACUAAUAAAGGCUCGUCUGUUAUCAGACUGUAUUGAGGUGGGAAGGCUAAACUGAGGAAUUAUGUCUGACAGAAGGGAAGAAAUGACUGCGGUGGCCUUCUCAGACCCUGUAGGAAAGGCCUUUACUUAUUCAGUGAAAGUGUCUAUUUAGACUAAGAGGUAUUUUAGUUUCCUGACUCAGGGCAUGUUGAGUAAAGCUAAUUUGCCAGUCCUGGGUGGGGCAAAUCCUCAAGCUUGAUGUGUAGGGAAGGGAGGGGGCCUGAAUAAUCCCUGAGGAGUAGUAGAAUAGCAGAUGGAACACUGAGAAGUUAUUUGCUUGAGGAUAGAUUUCCAUGAUGGAAAGGAAAUGAGAGGUUCUAAGAGGCGGGCUAGUGGCUUGUACUAUAGCAUAACCUGCCUUUGCUGGUGUGUGGCGAUUAGGCCUGGUGGAACCGCCAUCAAUAAAUCAAGCAUGAUCAGGGUGAGGAACAGGAAAGAAGGAAAUUUGGGAAAAUGGGGUGAAUGUCAGAUGGAUCAGAGAGAUACAGUCAUGGGGUCAGGUGUGGUAUCAGGAAUAAUGUGGGAGGCCGGAUUGAAGUCUGGGCCAGGAACAACGGUAAUUGUGGGAGACUCAACGAAGAGUGAGUAUAGCUGAAGGAGCCGGGAAGCAGAAAGUAUAUGCAUCAGGUAUGAGGAAGAAAAUAGAUUUUGGGAGUUAUGAGAACUGUAGAGAGUGAGUUGAGCAUAGUUUGUGAUUUUAAGGGCCUCUAAAAGUAUUAAAGCAGUGGCAGCCGCUGCACGCAGACAUGAGGGCUAGGCUAAAACGGUAAGGUCAAGUUUUUUGGACAGAAAGGCUACAGGGUGUGGUCCUGGCUUUUGUGUAAGAAUUCUGACUGUGCUAACCAUGCCUAGGAAGGAAAGGAGUUGUUUUGUAGAAGGUGCUGGGGUUUGAGAGAUCAGUCGGACACGAUUGGCAGGGAGAGCACGUGUGUUUUUAUGAGAAUUAUGCCGAGAUAGGUAACAGAUGAGGAAGAAAUUUGGGCUUGAUUGAAGUAAUGGGGGCUGUCUGUGAAGCUUUGCGGCAGUACAGCCUAGGUAAUUUGCUGAGCUUGAUGGGUGUCAGGGUCAGUCCAAGUGAAAGCGAAGAGAGGCUGGGAUUAAGGGUGCAAAGGAAUAGUAAAGAAAGCAUGUUUGAGAUCUAGAACAGAAUAAUGGGUUGUAGAGGCAGGUAUUGAGGAUAGGAGAGUAUAUGGGUUUGGCACCACGGGUUGGAUAGGCCAAACAAUUUGGUUGAUAAGGCGCAGAUCCUGAACUAACUUGUAAGGCUUGUCUGGUUUUAGGACAGGUAAAAUGGGGAAAUUGUAAGGAGAGUUUAUAGGCUUUAAAAGGCCAUGCUGUAGCAGGCGAGUGAUAACAGGCUUUAAUCUUUUUAAAGCAUGCUGUGGGAUGGGAUAUUGUCAUUGAGUGGGGUAAGGGUGAUUAGGUUUUAAUGAGAUGGUAAGUGGUGCAUGAUCGGUCGCCAAGGAGGGAGUAGAGGUAUCUUAUACUUGUGGGUUAAGGUGGGGGGAUACAAGAGGAGGACACAAAGGAGACUUUGGACUGGGAAGAAGGGCGGCAAUGAGAUUUAGCGGUAGUCCAGGAAUAGUCAGGGAAGCAGAUAAUUUAGUUAAAGUGUCUCAGCCUAAUAAGGGAACUGGGCAGGUGGGGAUAACUAAAAAGGAGUGCUUAAAAGAGUAUUGUCUAAGUUGGCACCAGAGUUGGGGAGUUUUAAGAGGUUUAGAAGCCUGGCCAUCAAUACCCACAACAGUUAUUGAGGCAAGGGAAACAUGCCCUUGAAAAGAAGGUAAUGUGGAGUGGGUAGCCUCCGUAUUGAUUAAGAAAGGAACUGGCUUACUCUCCACUGUGAGAGUUACCGGAAGCUCAGCGUCCGUGAUGGUCUAGGGGGCUUCCGAGGUGAUCGGGCAGUGUCAGUCUUCAGCCGCUAAGCCGAGAAGAUCUGGGAAGGAGUCAGUCAGAGAGCCUUGGGCCAGAGUUCCAGGGGCUCUGGGAGUGGCUGCCAGUUUUCCUCUUCUCCUGUGUUGGAAAGCGUGAAGAAUAUAUGUUGGGGUGAGGGAGCCCACACAAGAUAGAGCUACCUGGAUUGUCACAUCACCUUGUGGUCAUCUGUACUAACAGCAGGUCCUGCGUCUGGCUGAUUUCAUUUAACAUAAUGUCCUUCAGGUUCAUCCACAUUGUGCCAAAUGAGUGACAACUAUAGCUUCCAUAAGAAAGUUUUGGAGUCUCCUAAAAAUGACAGAUAAAUGAACUAACCUAGUCAGCAAAAUUAAACUAUAGGGAAGAGUAUGGACCUUGAAAAGACAGAAGACAAGUGAGAUUUGCUGAAAAUUGCAUGGUUGAGAAAUGGAGGAACAUGAUUCAGAACGCAAGGCUUCUGAAUUCUAACUCAUUACUCUGCACCCAGCCCAUCUAACGUUGCACUGAGACUCUGACAAGGAAGGCAAUGAUCUGUGAUGACCUUGCUGAAUAUAUUAAGCAGCAAUGAGAAGAUGUAGGACAACAACCUGGGGCAAAAUGCAGAUAAGGAAAGGAAACCUGUCCUAAUUGGGUUGUCUUUCCUUUAAGUACCUGAGCAAUGGAUGGAAGCAGAGACUCAGAAUGAUAACCCUCUUGAUCAAGUUUUUCAGGAUGAUGAUUCAGGGUGAUGGUUUGGAAGCAUUCUCUUUGAAAACUAGUUGGUAGUUGAUGUACAAUGAAAUACUGUCCAGCUGAGAAAGAGAUGGAAAAUUAUCUGGUGGCUAAUUCCCAAGCCGAUGGCCCUACCCUACCUCAGUUCUAUCCCCACCUCAUGCCCUGCAGAUUGCUGGGGUUUCUGGUGGAAAUCCAACUCCUCUUUAAAACCUCCUCCAUUUCCUCACCCUCCACCUCUACUCUUAGCACUUGAGAGUGUACAUUUCGUCUUUGCUCCUCUUCCCUCCCCAGAUGAUCCAAAUAGAAAAUACAUCAGCACGUGGGAAAGAGCAACAUUGAUCGUCUUCACGGAAAGGCUGGGGACCCUGCGCCUACCACAUGUUGGCCAGGGUGAGCAAGCAGUGAAAGAGAAAACACUUUUUUCAAAAAGCCAACUGGUAAGGAAUGUUACUAAGCUACCAUGUAAUUUUUUGUAGCCUUCUGGCUGUGUGUCACAAGCCUGUUAAGGCCUAGCCAUGUAGGAUUAUCCCUGUUACUUCCAAACUUCAGUUUUGUUUCUGAAUUUAAUUAUCCACAAAGUUUCAGAAAGAUCCACAUUGCUCAAGAUCAAUUACAUUCAUUUAUUUUCAUGUUUUCUGGGAUCUGGCUGGUGUGUUGGCUGGAUCAUCUGAAAAGCAGAUACCAAGAUGGAGUUGAAAGUAGAAGAGAUUUUAGGGGUGUAAUUUUUGUGAAAGAUAAAGGGGAGAAAAAGCAAGAGAAAGCAAGGAGAGCCUUACACCCAGAUCUGACACCUGUGAAAAGAUAGAGGGAGGAAAGGAAGAUUGGCCAGAAAGGCCUCAGACUGUGGUACAGCCACAAGAAGUUUGCUCCUAGAGGCAUCUUGCAUUGGUUCAAUGGUGAGCAUUUAUGCCAGUUCUGUGCUCAGUCUGUCCAGGUAGCGCAUAGUCCCAGCUUGAAUACAGAGUCAGAUUCUGAAGCUACCCAUAGCGAGAAAUUGACAGCGGUUUCUUUCUUGAAGGUAGAGCUGACUUGCACACUUCCACAGCUGGGCAAAGGAAAGAAGAUGGUCGCAGCAAGCUAAGUCCCUACCUGUGUAUAUGAGAGGCUACAUCUAGUCAGUGGAUUUAUGCCAUCUGACUAGAACAUAGAUACAGAUUCAUCCAUGCAUCCGUGCAUCUGUGGACCCAUGUAUCCAUCCAUCCAUCCACCCACCCAUCCAUCCAUCCAUCCAUCCAUCCAUCCAUCUAUCCAUCUGCUCAUUUCUUGCUUUAGAUGAUGGCAGCAAUCUGCUGAAGCUUCUGUCAGAAGAACCUCUCCUUGGUGCUGCCUCAGAAAUCAAAUCUAGAUUUUGCCUCUUCUGCUAGUAAGGCUGUAAGUUCUGAGUGUUAACCAGCUUAUAUCUCCAUCCAACCUGCCUCCAGCUCUCCUUGUGAUCAUAAGUCAAUGUAUUAUCCAUCUGAGACCAAGCCCUUAACCACACCUUAAUUGCUGCCAGUCUGAUAUACCAAUUAUUUGAAUCCCACUGGUACUUUGCUCCACUAGGUGGAUCAUAAUUCAUGUUAUAGUCCCUUUGAUUCAGUGUUCCAGGCACAAACAAUGCACACCAAACAAGUGAUGAAGUUUAUUGCAAUGUCCUUGGGUUCAGGGUCAAUGAGAGCAACCAACAGGCAGCAGAGGUAGUGACCUGACUUGGCUGUGUGCCUUCCAGUUCUUAAGUCAUUGAAGCUGUUCACCUUCAACAUGACCCUGGCUUUUGGUAAUAAUAUUUCAUAGCAGCCUCUAUCCAACUAAUGUGGCAACAAGCCAUGCAAUUUUGAGCCCAGAGAAAUCAUGGACCUUUUGAGAGCACAUUAUUUUGGAGGAUGAAGUCGGUGGAAAUGUGUAGGGCUUGGCAGGUAAUAAAAAGAGAUUGAUUUUUUAAAAACAAAUAAUUCUACCAAUUAGAAUAUAAUUAUCUUUGAAAUCAGCUAUCUCUAAGGUCCUUUCAUUUCUUUCAUCCCAUUACUUACUCCAUCAAAGAACGCAAGUUUCACCAUAAUUGAAACCAUUUCCCCCCCCUUUUUCCCCUAGAACAAUGUUUAUGUGUUGGCAGGCUUUCUCUCAUGUGGCUUAAAGGACCACAUGUGUUUGCAGGCAUUCUAUCAAGUAGUUUAAAGAGCAUAAAACUUGCAGUAAUAUUUUUGGGAGUAAAUUUUAUUGUUAUGGCUUUAAAACACAAUCAAAUAAAAAUAAGAAUAUCCAUUAGCAGUUGAAUAUUGUAAUAAUAGAGUUGAGAACAAAUUUUACUGUUACAGGAACUAUAAAACAGCAAUAAUAAAACACUAUUAUUGUGAAUAAAUUGUGUGGAGAUGACUAACUAGAAAACUAUAAAACACAACGAUAAGAAAUAAUCUAAUCACCAGGAAAGAUGUGAUAAUAAUUCACCCUUGUUAGUGAGGAGCCCAUGGUUCCACUUCAUUGGCCCUGAGUUCCCUGGGUUACUGCUUGCAUUCCAUAAGGUUACAGAAAGAUAAUCUUUGGCCAGGGGGGUUGGCAGGAGACCACAUAUUACAGUGAAAUUGGACGUGGGGAUUGAGGAAAAUCCAAUUAUCAGCGACAGUUAAGAAAAUCCUGUGUAGUAAUAUCAAAUGUCCUCACAACACAUUUAAAAAAUUAUUUGCAGGUUUUUACUAACAAUUUGGGUGUAUUAUUUGACUACAUUUUUAUGUGUUUUUAAACUUUUAUUUAUAUUCUUUUGUUUCAGAAUAACUGUAUGGAACUACAUAUUGGUAGCGGGGGAAGCCUUUUGUAGUCUUUCUUUUUAUUUAGACUACCCAUACAUCCCUCUGCCGUGAAUCCAUCUCAGCCCAUUCCAAUUAGCAAGUGUAUGGAAAGACGACACCCUUAACUUCCAGGUCCCCCUCUCUUUCUGUGGAACUGACAGCACCAUUAGAACCCUUGCUCCAAAAUUAGUACUACCAAGGUUCCUGCCAGUCCCCUCACUUGGGUGAGGAAGAGAGUGGCAUGAGUGUUGCAUUUUACCCCUCAUUCUGAACAGCAAAGUUCAAAUUCAGGAUUUUUGAAUUAACUAAAUCCCAAGGGAAGGAUGCAAAAUGCUAACAAUGCAGUUUUCUUUAAGGUGCCAUUAUCGUAGGCAAGCUAUGCUGAGUUUUCUAUACUCACCGCCUCCACUUUCUCACUUCCCUUUCCUUCUUUAACCAGCUCCAGGCAGGCGUUUGUCCCCACCACGUUAUCUACUGAAAUUGCUCUUUUCAAGGUCUCCAGGAGCCUCUAUCCUGCUGGUUAUGAUUGGUUAGUUCUUCGUCCUCGUUUGACCAGUGGGUAACUCCCAUUUUUGUUGUUGUUGUUGUUUUUAAUGCUUUCCUCAUUUGGCUUCUGGGACACAAUAGUCACCCAUUUUUUAACUACCUCACUGGCUGUUCUUCACAAUUCCCUCACUGGAUUCUUCUCUUCUACCAAGUCCUCUAAAUGUUAGGUCAGCCCAGGUCUCAGUCUUUGUCUUUCUCUGUCUAUACCCACACCCUAGAUGAACUCCUCUAGCCCAGUGGCUUUAAACACCGUCAUGAUAUUGUGAUACAAUAGGAAAUACAUAUUUUGUCUUUGUCCCUGGUUCCUGACACAGAGCUCCUAAAACCCUUGGAAUUUCCUCAGUGAUAAGAUCAAUAAAGGUGAAAGGGCCAUUUCUGUUAUUCAUGACGUCCCUUUUGACUAUGGCUAACUUUAAGUGAACAGGUAACUUUUGGAAAGUUUCUAAGGAUGGCGGCUGGUUGCCAGGAGAAUCAGCCAUGUUAUUAGAAAGUUGGAACUUUCAGUAAUCCCCUCCCAUCUCUGGGGAGGAAAGAGGGACUGGAGAUUUAUUUAAUCACCAAUGACCAAUGAUAUGAUCAAUCAUACCUAUGUAAUGAAAUCUUCAUAAAAACACCAGGGAACAGAGUUUGGAGAGCCUCUGGGUUGCUAAACACAUGGAGGGACUGGGUGGAUGGCAUGCCUGGAGACAGCAUGGAAGCGCUUAUCUCCUCUAUUUUUUUAACUGCAUUCUCUUUACUUGAAACUAACAUUUGUUUGUAUACUCGUUUAUUUUUCUCUCAACUCUACUGUGAGUUCCAUAAAAGAAGGGACUCUGCCUUGUUCACCCUUGUAUCUUAAGUAUCUAGCAUAGUGUCUGGUAUACAGUGGUACUCAUGAGAUUUUUGUAGAAUGAAUACAUGAAUACAGGGCAGAAGAUUUAAACUGGGUCCCUAAAUGCCAAGGACUCCAUUUAAAUACUCUACCUGCUCUGCGCUAAAGUUUGCCUUGCUCAGUUAGACUAUUAGCAAUGGUCUUAACAUGAGUCUUUAAUUUUACUGGUCAAUGAGACUCAAGCAUAACUUGGCUAUGUCGGAAAACAUGGUGGAGUAUCUGACAGAGUCCUUCAUGUAAGAGGGGCGUGGGGUAAAAUCCACAUGGGAAAGGAUUGAAACUGUCUUCACUGCUCAGAUUUGAAGAGAUCUGGGUUUCUUUAAGAAGCUGGUGAUGUGGUUCAUCAGAAAAAGAGAAGGCAUUUGACCCCAAUCAAAGCCUUAGAUUGAAGGAGGAAGUGGAGAUUCUGAAUAAUGACCAUGUCCAUUUUGACCAGAGCAGAGUGUUCUUUCUGGUCUCAUGAACAGGCUCAUGAUUCACAAAGACUAGCCUACUAUUCCCAUCCAACCUGUGUGAGGGGAAGAGCAGGAAUGAUUGCUCCUGAGUACGAGUGAUGGGGGUUCCUAGAAAUACUCCUAGGUGACUUUACAUAGGGAGGAAAUUUAUUUCAGGAUCUGGUGAAGUUGAGAGCUCACGUAAAUUUGGUUUUAGAGAAGAAAUGAAAUAUCAAAUGGUACAGCAUUUCCCACACUGGAAAAGGUGUUUGAGGACAUGAGAGAGUUAAUAAAGCAAUUGCCCGUGACUCUUUCUGCUGAGACAUCCACUAACUGAUUUAUCUCAUCUUGAUUGUGGGAGCCACAGUCUUGAUGCAUUCAUUCUCAAGGACACUUGAUCCACUGCCAGAGAGGCCCAGAAUUUUCUAACUUACUGUGUAGCAGAAUGAAGCCUCUGCUUGAAACCCUUUAUCUUUUGGGGAUGCUGGUUCCUGGAGGGCUGGGAUAUGAUAGAUCCUUAGCCCAACACAGACAAGAGAUUGUGGACACGUUAGUGAGUCCAUGGAGCCUGGAGACGUAUUCCUAUAACAUAUACCACCCCAUGGGAGAGAUCUAUCAGUGGAUGAGAGAGAUCAGUGAGAAGUACAAGGAAGUCGUGACACAGCAUUUCCUAGGAGUGACCUAUGAGACCCACCCCAUGUAUUAUCUGAAGAUCAGCCAACCAUCUGGUAAUCCCAAGAAAAUCAUUUGGAUGGACUGUGGAAUUCACGCCAGAGAAUGGAUUGCUCCUGCUUUUUGCCAAUGGUUCGUCAAAGAAAUUCUACAAAACCAUAAAGACAACUCAAGGAUACGCAAGCUCCUUAGGAACCUGGACUUCUAUGUCCUUCCAGUUCUUAACAUAGAUGGUUAUAUCUACACUUGGACAACUGAUCGUCUUUGGAGGAAAUCCCGUUCACCCCAUAAUAAUGGCACAUGUUUUGGGACGGAUCUCAACCGAAAUUUCAAUGCAUCUUGGUGUAGUAUUGGUGCCUCUAGAAACUGCCAAGAUCAAACAUUCUGUGGGACAGGGCCAGUGUCUGAACCAGAGACUAAAGCUGUUGCCAGCUUCAUAGAGAGCAAGAAGGAUGAUAUUUUGUGCUUCCUGACCAUGCACUCUUAUGGGCAGUUAAUUCUCACACCUUACGGCUACACCAAAAAUAAAUCAAGUAACCACCCAGAAAUGAUUCAAGUUGGACAGAAGGCAGCAAAUGCAUUGAAAGCAAAGUAUGGAACCAAUUAUAGAGUUGGAUCGAGUGCAGAUAUUUUAUAUGCUUCAUCAGGGUCUUCAAGAGACUGGGCCCGAGACAUUGGGAUUCCCUUCUCAUAUACGUUUGAGCUGAGGGACAGUGGAACAUAUGGGUUUGUUCUGCCAGAAGCUCAGAUCCAGCCCACCUGUGAGGAGACCAUGGAGGCUGUGCUGUCAGUCCUGGAUGAUGUGUAUGCGAAACCCUGGCACUCGGACAGUGCUGGAAGGGUGACAUCUGCCACUAUGCUGCUGGGCCUGCUGGUGUCCUGCAUGUCUCUUCUCUAAGUGCAUUCUGCCCAGGCCUGCUCAACCCCAGUGGCAUGAGUGUGGCUGGAGGAACGGUGUGUUAUGGUUGUAAAGAAACCAAAUAAUUUAACUAAAAAUACUUCCUAUUUCAAUAAGGAAAAAUCAUGCCUGCGUUUUAAUAUUUGUUUUUCUGUCAGUUGAGCUUUAUUCCUUUAUACGAGGAAUUAGUUAGGUAUUAGUUAGUUAUUGCUACAAUAAUGCUACAAACCAAACCUCUCUAAAACCAAGUGGUGCAAAUCUACAGGUCACGAUGCAGUGAUCUUGGUUGUGCUCGCUUAGGCAUCCAUGGUCAGUUUCAGGGCAUCUGGUAGAUCUCGGAUGAACUCACUCUGGGGGUUGGCUACUAUAGGCUAGUAUAGGAUAGCCUCAGCUGCAAUGAGGAACAGGGGCUGUGCUCCAUGUAUCUUCUCAUCCAGCACAUUAGUACUAUGCACUCAUGGCCAUGGUGAAGGAGCAAAAGCAGCAGAGCAAGUCUCAAUGUGCAGGCGCUUUUCAAACCUCUGCUUGCAUCCUAUUUGCUAACAUCCCAUUUGCCAAAGGAAGUCACAUGGCUGAGCUCUGCAUCAAGGGGUGGAGCAGAACAGAAGGUGGUGAGUGAAGGAUUGGGGCCAUCAGUGAAAUGACUCUAUCUGGUGUUUAUAUCACACCCUUGAGCUUCACUGGCUUAGCUUCAUAGUCGGUAGCUCAGCUACAAUUCGAGGCAACUCAACUAGAUGGCUAUUAUCCUAUUCAGCUUUAAAUGUGGAGAAGCCUGUGAGUUCCAGUGGAACCCCACUGCUCUUGAAAUCUAACUAAAAGUCACACAAUGAGAUUCUGAUAGGGCCUUUUGUAUUCUACUGAUUUUUGUGAUUUAUGAUCUCAACAUUCACUAAGGAAAAUGAAGUAGGAAUAGGUCUUCUGCCUCGGGGUCUGGGGAUUUUUUCUCAUCUGUAUUCUUCAAAAAUUUUGCUUAUGCUUUUGAACCAGGGUCUUGCUUUCUUAAUUUUGUGUUAAUGAGUUAGUAGCAGCAUUCAGAGGAUAAGUUAUACAAUCCCUCUUGAUGACUGUUGCUGGUUUUAUUUACUUAUUUAUUCAUUAAAAAAAUUAAGGAUCUACUAGGUGCAUUUUGAUAGGUUCUGGGGUUACAAUGGUGAAUAAGAUAGACAUAGUCCCUGUCUAUUUGAAAUUUAUAUUCCAGUGGGUGAAAUCAGGACUAGAAGCCACAAAUAAUUGGCACGGUCACGCUGUUUCAUACCAGGUGAAUCCCAGCUCUAGGGGAGUACAAUAAGCAAGAACACAAAUAAAGAAACUAAAUAUUGCAGUUUGUGACACAUACUAUGAAAUGAAAAGUCAGUAGAGAGGAGAGGAAGGCCCACAUUGUACGUGUACGGAUAUCUAGGCAUUUAAUUGUGCUAUCUCAUCUAUUAAACUGUGAGUGCUGUUAAAGUAGCAGCCAUGACUGUCAUUUCCUAUGUAUCUCUAUGUGACACCUUGAAAUGGUGCUAAGCAGUUGUCAGGCUUCGAAUAAAUGUAGUUGUGACCAGCUGACAGGGCAUCCGUGGGUGUUCAGUCACCCAUUGCCCAAUUUCCUUGUUGGUCACAGUCACAAUACACUUCUUGGUUGUAACCCUUUUAUUGCCUUUCUUUGUCGUCUUUAUUUCUUCAUGUUUUGCUAGUGUGUGGCUGAUAAGGGUCAGAAAGGAAAAUGUCAGAGGCAAUAGGGUUUAAUGAAUCAGGGAACUGCUAUUAACAUAA